AUGUCGGCCCUCGUCAUGUCCCCCUCCAAACAUGACCCUGUCUCUGAUGACGUGCACUUCUGCGGGGUGUGCUGGGAGCAGAAGACGAACAGCUAUGAGAUGGAGACGCUGCCCUGCCGGCACAGCUUCUGCUCGAUGUGCAUCUCCCACUGUAACAACGCGACCUGCCCGUUGCCAGGGUGUACUGCUAGCCGUCGGACUGCCAUUGUCAUCGACCACGGCAUCGAAGACGUGCCGCUGGAGAUCAACGGCAACGUGCCGUCGAUCCUUGAUUGUGAGGAAAAGUUUCCGUGCCAAGCCCGCCGCGGCCGUAACCGUUGCCCCGGGGUGGCUCGAAUGGUGAUGCAGGAUUGUCGCCACCGCAUCUGCUUCGACUGCCUGGGCUGCCGGGUUCAGUAUGCCAUCAAGAACAAGGAGAUGCCGAACUGUGCCCACCCCCGCUGCGCCAACAAGCUCACCAAGCCCGAGAUUCUGCGUGUGGCGGAAAUGUUCCCCAAGAUCCGCGCCGACUGCAUGAAGGUGAUCAGCCAGAUGCCAAAGUGCGAGGAGGACAUCUACACGCGCAAGGAAGAGCUUUCGGUGGCGUGCUCGGUGCAGGGCCGUCCCCACACGCUCCGCCGUUUUUGCUUGCCGCUCCGCUGCACCAUGACUGACCUCGUCAACGGCGUCUUCCAGCUUCAGCGCAUGACUCGGCAGCGUGACUCGACGGCCGUCUACCUGAUGACGGAGAAGGAGAAUGAAAGGGCCAAGUACCAGCCGGUUGAUCUGCACACCUGCGCCAAGAAGCCCAUCAAGGAGAUGACCCUCCCGGACAAGGUGCACCUGGUCAUCGACGUCGACAACUUGCUGUCGAAGCGCCGC